UAGGUUAUGGCCAUUGUCCUGGCGUCGCCUGAACACUUAGGUGAGUCUCAGGUGCAGUUAUAGCCCCAGACCUCCGACUAAAGCCUGCUGGAUACAAACACAGCAGCCGAACAUGCGCCUCGAGGCCUGAUUCACCUGAGAUCCGACCCCUCCUGUCGAGCGAGGACUCCGGCAUGUACUCAAACACCCAGCCGGUGAGGCACCCGGCUCAGACGCUGUCCCUGCACAGCCAGUACCUUCCGUCUGCUUAUGAUUUUCCAGGCUACCACCACGCCGUUUCGGGGAUCGCCGACCCGUCGACGACCACCUGGAACCCCGUUUACACCCCACGGGAGGAAUACCCCUUCAGCUUCCCCAGCCCCAGCGCGGGGCAGUCGAACUACAUCUCCCCGGAAUUCAACAACGCCCCCUCAGCCGCUGGAGGAGGAGGGUCUCUCACCCCUUACAUCUCCCAGGACCCCUUCGGCUCCAGGAGGAGACCACCUGAGCCCAUCAGACAGCCAUUUCCAGUUGGAAAGACUCGGACAAAGGACAAGUACAGGGUGGUGUACACAGACCACCAGCGGCUGGAGCUGGAGAAGGAGUUUCAGAGCACCCGCUACAUCACCAUGAGGAGGAAAUCCGACUUGUCAAUGGCUCUAGGACUCUCCGAGAGACAGGUGAAGAUCUGGUUUCAAAACAGACGUGCAAAAGAAAGAAAGAUCAACAGGAAGAAGCUGCAACAUUUCCAGCAGGCCUCCACGACGACUCCCACCCCACCGGUUCUCAGUGCCCUCGCUGAGGCCCAUGUUACCUCCAGCCCCGGCGCUGGCACCAGCAUGCUGUCGGACAUAAAGACAGAGGAGUACUAGCUGGAUUCCUGAGCUGAGACAGAGAGCGUAUCCGGAAUGUAAAUAGUAUUUUGUUUUUAUGAGUUCAACACAAAGUGAUUAAUCGUUCAUUUCACUGAUGCCUCAAAUACAUUUUUUUACAGUGUGAAGCUACGUUGUAAAACCUUAAAAAAUCAUUCACAUUUUGUACAAGUAUGGACUAUUAUCAGAUCAACACAUAUCUAUUGUCAAUUUUAGAGUCUAUAUAAUGCUGUGAAAAAAUAUUUGCCCCCUUACAAUUUUCUGCUGGGUUUUUAUUUGUUUUUCUUACUGGAUAAUAAACACGUUUUAAUUUCAGACAAAGGGAACCUGAGUUAAUAUAAACAUAUAUUUAAAUUUAAAAAAGAAAUUAUGUUAGGAAAUUAGGAAAAAACUAUGCAAAACAACCUGCCCUUAUGUGAGAAACAUAAACCAAUAUGUUUUACCUCUGAGGAGAUUUAAAACAGAUGGCAAAGUUAUUGACGUUCAUCAUAUCUGAAAGUAAUAUCAUGUAUAAAGAAAACCAAAAACCACAGUGAGAGCCUACAAUGCCUCGUCCAGGCUGUCAAAAAAAACAACAAACCACAGGACAACAGCUUAGCCACUGUAGAUCAAACUGCAUUAGAUCAAGUUAGAGUCCACAAUUCGAAAAUAAUUCAAAGUGCCUGAGGAUAAAUUUAAGCAGUGGAAGAGCUCUAAGAUGAAAACCUAACAACUGCUGACUAAAAAGUGAACUUUUUUUAUUUUUAUGAAUGCCUCCAUACACCUUGCACAACAAUUACAUACAAUUUCAGAAAGUAUUACAAUAACAGAUGUUGCCACCAAUAGAUUUUAGGGUCCGAUGAUUUGAAAAGGGUUUUUUUUCCCUUGACAAAUGUAUUCAUAAUUUUAAUAUAUCUGGUUAACUUUGGCUGGUGAUCUGACACAUUUAAGUGUGACAAGUUAGUGCAAUUUUGUACUAUAAAAUAUGUCAUUCCAUCACUGUAUGUGCUGGUCAGUCAAGAAACACUGAAACAACAUUUUCACAUGUUCUGUUUGAAGGAACAAAAAGAAUGAAGUUUGUUGGGUUCAGCUUGGUCUAAUGUUAACUGUAUGCUGCAUUAAAAUGUUUCUUGUGGUCAUUUUUUAUCUGA